AUGGCAGAUACAACGCCCUCCUCCAACGGCAACGGCGCCGUUCCAUCUUCAGUCGCAGAUGCCGUUCUCGUUAACGGUUCUAUGCCAUCCGGCUCCCAAAAAGUCGAAGAACUCGAUUUCAACGCCUUUGCAGGUCGUCCCAUAACAGUCGACGACCUCAUGAGCGGAAUGAACCACAUGGGAUUCCAAGCCUCAUCCAUAGGAGAAGCAGUGCGAAUAAUAAACGACAUGCGAGCCUGGCGGGACCCCGAAGAUCCAAGCGUAAAAACAACAAUAUUCCUCGGAUACACAUCGAACCUCAUAUCUUCCGGGCUGAGGGGCACCCUUCGCUACCUCGCUCAACACAAACACAUCUCAGUCAUCGUCACCACCGCAGGAGGAAUAGAAGAAGACCUGAUAAAAUGUCUAGGCGACACAUACAUGGGCGCCUUCUCCACCCCAGGAGCAGGACUCCGUUCCAAAGGCCUAAACCGCAUCGGUAAUCUCAUCGUCCCUAACGACAACUACUGCAAAUUCGAAGACUGGGUCAUGCCCAUCCUCGACACCCUCCUCAUCGAACAAGAAGCCUCGAAAAAAGACCCGAAAAUCCCAGACGACGAGAAACUUGUCUGGACGCCCUCGAAAAUCAUACGACGACUUGGUCUGGAAAUCAACAACGAAUCCUCCGUCCUCUACUGGGCAGCCAAAAACGACAUCCCGAUCUUCUGUCCCGCGUUGACGGAUGGGAGUUUAGGUGAUAUGUUAUACUUCCACUCGUUCAAAUGCUCUCCCCAACGCCUCGUUAUGGAUACCAUUGAAGACCUGCGUAAAAUCAAUACUAUGGCCGUCCGCGCGAAGAGAGCAGGUAUGAUCAUUCUUGGCGGCGGGGUGGUCAAACAUCAUAUCGCAAAUGCCUGUCUGAUGCGGAAUGGCGCCGAGAGCGCGGUGUAUGUGAAUACGGCGCAGGAGUUUGAUGGGAGUGAUGCAGGUGCGAGACCGGAUGAGGCGGUUAGUUGGGGAAAGAUUAAGGUGGGGGCGGAUAGUGUGAAGGUAUACGUCGAAGCUACGGCUUGUUUCCCACUGAUAGUCGCUGCAACCUUCGCAAAAGACGCUUGUAAAUAG